AUGGGUCUCCGAGGACGUCCAGUGCCCCCGCCAACCCAGAAUGUGCGUCCUUUUCGUGCCUCCUCUAUAAGAAGCAAUAGGUCUUCUGUUCUCACAGUGGACUCCUCACUUCACUCCUCUCCUUUCCACUCCCCUCACAUGGUCCACCGUGCUCCCUUGGGGAGAAGAGAAUCUGGAAGAUUACCUCCUCGUCCCAUUGCUCGAGGACGUCCACUCGUGGCCCAGCGGUCAGUAAGAAGUAUGCCACCCCCUUCCCCACAGUUGUCCAUUAAACACAUACCGCACUCCGCGUCUCCGUACCUCUCUCCUCGAGUCUCCCGUCAGCCCUCCCCCCUCCUGCCCCCUCGUGCUGUCCACUCGCCCACUUACGCACCAGAAAUUAUGCCCUAUGCUGAUCCUUACACUCAACAGUCACAUCAAUUUGUAGCCCCAUCUUCUCCCAUGCUUUCUGGUGCUUUGCAGAACCAGUCUCUCCGACAAGCCUCCUUCUCAUCCCCCCUUGGACCUCAGUUAGCCCAAAUGGUAGGGAUGGAGGAUAUGGUUCCUGAAGUAGACCCUUAUGUUCCCUUGUCCCCUACUUUGUCUGGUGCAAUGCAAAACCAGGCUAUUCGUGAUGCCUCCUAUGUCCCCUCACUCCAGAGACCAGUGUCACCUUAUGGUCAGCCUAUGGCACCCUCAUCUCCUAUGCUGUCUGGGGCUCUGCAAAAUCAAGCUCUACGAGAUGCAUCUUAUGUUUCACCUUUACAAAGGCCAGUGUCACCUCUUGAACCUUCUCUGUCCCCUUCUUCUCCAGUACUAUCUGGAGCUCUGCAAAACCAGGCAGUGAGAGAAGCGUCCUAUGUAUCUCCUAUUCAUAGACCUCAAUCCCCUUAUCCCCCAUCUGUACCUUCAUCUCCAGUGCUACCUGAAGCCAUGAGACAUGGACAGGCACUAAGAGGCGUAGCUUCCUAUCAGACACAGUUCAGUUUGCCAUACGGACCAACUGUUGUUACGCCAUAUGAUUAUAUCUCUGAGCCUGCCCCUGCGCCACUGCUCCAUGAUGCACUGCAAAACCGAUCUGGUUUGCAGAGUGUCUCAAGUAUGAGAUCCCCUAUGAUGCAGCGUCGUAACCCUUAUGCACCAGCUGGGCCUCAGCUCCACAGUGCUCUUCAGCAGAACCCAAACCUUCGUCAAGCUUCUUAUCACACUCCUGUGCAACUCAGACGAUCUCCAUAUGGACCCAAACCACCCUCUUCCCCAGCAUUAGGAAGUGCCCUGCAAAACCCACAGUUGAUGCAAGCGUCUUACCGUUUGCCAGAUGGAACUUUGGUUUCACCAUAUGCAGAUCCACGUUCCUCCCCAUUGCUUGGCCAUGCCCUGCAAAAUCAGCAAGUUCGUGGAGCUUCGUAUGUUUUGCCCGAUGGAUCGAUCAGGGACCCUCGUAUGCCUCAGAAGCCAAUGUCUCCUAACCUCUCGAGAGCUCUUCAGAAUCAGAACCUUAAGACUGCUUCAUAUACUCUUCCGGAUGGGACCAUUAUAGAUCCUAGACAGCAACAACCCAUUUCCCCAAACUUGGCUAAGGCCCUAAGCAACCCAGUUUUGCGUGAGGCCUCCUACUCUCUCCCCGAUGGGACCAUUGUGAUUGACCCCAAGAAACAAAAGUCCCCCAAUCUCGCAGCAGCACUUCAGAACCCUUACCUCAAAAGUGCAUCCUACACCUUGCCAGAUGGCACCAUCAUCAUUGAUCCACGCAAACCUGUCUCUCCAAACCUUUCCGGUGCCCUCCAAAACAGCGCCUUGCGGAGUGCCUCAUUUAAAUUACCAGAAGGGGUUCAAGACCCCAAUACACCCAUAUCACCAAACUUGGCCAAGGCUCUCCAAAACCCAGCCUUGAAAGGAGCUUCAUACACGCUCCCAGAUGGAACUAUUAUCGUUGACCCAAGAAAACCAAAGAGCCCCAACCUGGCAGCUGCCUUGCAGAAUCCUUAUUUAAAGGGUGUGUCCUACACCCUGCCCGAUGGAACCAUCAUCAUCGACCCACGGAAGCCAGUUGGCCCUGAUCUCUCUAAAGCUCUUACAAAUGCAAACCUUCGAAGUGCAUCAUAUCGUCUUCCUGAUGGGUCCCUGGUAAUCCCUGGUCAGCCUCCAAACCUUUCAUCUGCUCUGAGGCAAAACCGGGCUCUCCGUUCUACAGGUCUCUAUCAUCUGUCAGAAAACUCUGUGCUGACAGGCGCGCCCAGACCCACACCUCCCAACCUAUACACUGCGCUGCAGAAGGAAGAUAUGCGUGGUACCAGUUACAGGCUUCCAGAUAAAUCACUUCUCACACGGCGGUUCCACAAUCCAAGCCUGUCUGAUGCCAUUCAAAACCAGCAGCUUCGUUAUGCUUCAUACGCGGUGCCAACAGGACUGCAGGGUGAGGACAAUCGCUAUGCUGUGAUUCCUCCGUAUGGGCCACGCUCAGGCCACUGGGCCAGAAAUGCCCAAGGAGGAGGGGAUGGAGGUGAGGACGUUUGGGCAGCUGAGAGGGUUUUACCACAUGGCACUGUCCAGAAUUUAUCUAAGUGGUCGAUGUACAAAGAAGAUGGGGUGUUAGAAGGAUAUUCACCCGCACCUCGAUUUGUGGAUGGAAAGGCUCAGGACCCAGACUGGGCUCGGGAGAGAGAGAGAGCCAGGCCGAAAGUACCAGGUCAAAGCUGGUAUGAUAAGAUCUAUUCUAUCCUAAGCAUGCCCACAACAAGCCACAGGGUUAAACGCUGGGCGGAGGGAAUGGAGGACUUGACACAGCUCCCUGAGCUGAAUGAGACCACUGUUCUGAUGAACCUGAAGAAACGCUACGACCAGGAUCUUGUCUAUACCUACAUAGGCAGCAUCCUUGUGUCCGUGAAUCCAUACAAGUUGCUCAACAUUUACGGGACAGACAUGGUGCUCCUUUAUGAAGGUCAUGGACUGAGUGAUAACCCCCCUCAUCUCUUUGCCAUUGCUAAUCUCUCAUAUACCACCAUGAUGGAUGCCAAAAAAGAUCAGUGUAUAGUGAUCAGUGGAGAAAGUGGGUCAGGAAAGACUGAGGCCACUAAAUUGAUCCUGCGUUACCUGACAGCCAUACACCACAAACGCAAUGUCACACAGCAGGUAUAUAUCCUUGAGGCCAUGCCCCUGUUGGAGUCUUUUGGGAAUGCCAAAACAGUGCGCAACGACAACUCUUCACGCUUUGGCAAAUACACGCAGAUCUACAUGGACGAGGGUGUAAUCAGCGGUGCCAUAACGUCUCAGUACCUGCUGGAGAAGUCACGCAUUGUCUUUCAGGCCAAAUCAGAGAGGAACUAUCACAUCUUCUAUGAGAUGUUGGCAGGCCUUCCUCCUCAUGAGAAGCACUCGCUGUACCUGCAGGAAGCUGAGACUUACUACUAUCUCAAUCAGGGAGGGAACUGUACCAUAGAGGGAAAGGAUGACGGGGAGGACUUCAGGCGUUUGCUGAGUGCCAUGGACAUCCUGUGUUUCACCCCAGAGGAGCAAAAUGGCAUCUACAGACUUCUUUCCUCUGUCCUUCAUCUGGGGAACAUCUACUUCCAGCCACACCUGGCUGAGGGUCAGGAGGUCGCGUCAGUAGUGAGCACGCAGGAGAUAAGGGUGGUGGCUGAGCUGCUGCUGAUCUCACCCGAGGGCCUACAGAAAUCUGUCACCUUCAAGCUGACAGAUACGGUGCGGGAGAAGAUCUAUACUCCGCUGACAGUGGAGAGUGCUGUGGAUGCCAGAGAUGCUGUUGCCAAGAUCCUGUAUUCGCUGCUGUUUAGUUGGCUGACGGAGCGCAUCAACGGACGCGUCUACCCUCGCAACGAAGCCCUCUCCAUCUCCGUGCUGGACAUUUAUGGAUUUGAGGAGCUACAGGUGAACAGUUUUGAGCAGCUGUGCAUCAACUACACCAAUGAAACUUUGCAGUUCUACUUUAACAGGGUCAUUUUCCAGGAGGAGCAGGAGGAGUACAUGCGGGAGCAGAUCAAAUGGCAGCAGCAGCCCUUCGGCCACAACCAGGCAUGCCUCGACCUUAUUGCUGCUAAGCCCCAUGGGAUACUGCGCAUACUGGACGACCAGUGUGGUUUCCCUCAGGCAACAGACCACACCUUCCUUCAGAAGUGCCACUAUCACCAUGGAAACAAUCCGCUCUAUGCCAGGCCAAAGAUGCCACAGCCAGAGUUUACCCUGAAACACUAUGCAGGGAAGGUCACCUACCAGGUCUACAAAUUCUUGGAUAAGAACUUUGAUAUGGUGCGCCAGGAUGUUUUGGACCUCUUCAUCCAGAGCAAGAACAGAAUGGUUUCGAGCCUCUUCUUGAAGCACUCAGAGUCUUUGUCUCAGCAGCGGUCUAACGUGCGGCGCAGCAGCGCAGCUCGCCGUUAUCAGGCCAACACGGUCAGCGCAAAGUUUCAAAGCAGCCUGCAAGAGCUGCUGGAAAAGAUGGAAAGGUGUAACCCUUAUUUUGUGCGAUGCAUCAAGCCAAACCAUCUUAAGGAGCCAGGAAUGUUUGACAUGGAGCUGGUCAAAACUCAGCUGCAUUACUCCGGCAUCAUGGAGACCAUCCACAUCAGGAAGGAGGGUUAUCCAAUCAGACUGCACUUUCACAGCUUCCUAUCGAGGUAUAAAGCCCUGCUCUGCCUGAAGGAUACUCCACCUGCAGACGGAGAAAACUGCGUUGCCAUGCUCCAAAAACUCGGCCCGGUCAAGACCGACUCGUAUCAGCUGGGUGUCAGUAAGAUUUUUCUGAAAGAGGAGUUGUAUCAGCUGCUGGAGGGCAAGCGUGACCGUGUGCUGAACCUCGCUGCCAUGACGCUGCAGAGAUACACGCGCACGUGCUUCAUCCGAAAGAACUUCAUCAAAUUCAAGCGCUUUCUGACUGUGUUUGAAGCUCGUAGCAGAGGCUACCUGGCCAGGAAAAACUUUGCUCUGAGGAGGAAGUACCUAAUCAGGUUACGCUCCGUCGUGCUGCUCAUCGUCAGUCGCCAGCGUUACAUGAGGGAUCGCAUCAAUCGAGAAGUGGUGAAUGUGACAACAUUGCCCAUUCCCGCUGAGCUGGCCGCCCUGCUACAGGCUGCUUCAGGUGGUGAGGAGCUGCAUUCUGACUGCUUGGCUGUCGUUCAGGCUCCAAAGGUUCAGGUUGACCCCCAGCUGACCCUGCCCCUGGACAUCAACAACUACCUCAUGACACACUACAUCCGGGCUAUGUUUAGGGAGCCGUUGUUUGGGAUGGUGACAGCCCCGCUGGAGAAUUCCCUGAUUCGAAUGGAUGAGGAGCUAAAACACGGAGCCCUCAACGUUUUCAUUCUGAUACUUAGAUUCAUGGGCGACCCAAACUUGAACGGGGCUCAGGAGAAUCUGUUCGGGAACUACAUCAUCCAAAGAGGACUGGCCAAUCCCAGCCUCAGAGAUGAGAUUCUGGUUCAGGUGGCAAAUCAAGUGUGGAGGAAUCCUAACAUCCUAAAUUCAGAGCGCGGCUGGCUCCUGCUUUCUUCCUGCCUUUCUGCCUUCCUGCCCUCUCAGAGGCUUGCAAAGUACCUGCUGAAGUUUGUGUCUGACUAUGGGCCGGAGGGCUAUGACUGUGUGUGCCAGCACCGUCUGCUUCAGGCCCUGCAGAGGCUCAGUGUCGGGCCAGAGUAUGUCAGGACGUACCCACCCUGCCUACUGGAGUGGACCGCCAAUCGCAAGAGAGCUCACACGGUUCUGCACGUGCACUGUUUCGAUGGUGUGUCCUUUCUGUGUCCACUGCACUCAUGGACAACAGGAGAAGAGAUGGCCAAAGACAUCUUACAACACAGGGGUGUGGCGGAGGGCCGUCGAGGAUGGUCGGUGCUGCUGAAAGAGCCAGCUCAGUGGGUGGAGCUAGAGGGCUCAGACUACGUUCUGGACCUGAUGUCAGAUCUGGAACUUCCUGCUGACUUCCCCAAACACAACAGCUACUUCAUCAUCUCUGCACAGGAACCAACCAGAGUGCGGGCCAAUGCCAGCAUAAGCCUGUUGGGGGGUGGCUUUAACACGAACGAUGAUGUCAUAUCUACAGCCAUGUCUAGCUCGGAUGCAAUCAGCCAAGACCUGGAGCCUCACAGAGGGAUGGAUCGUUAUCUUGACAGCCUGUUUGACCCUGUGCUGUCUGACGGAGCUGGAGAAGUAGAAUCAGCUGGAGGACUAUCCAGCCGGAUGAAGGGAGCUGGGGGAGUUGGUGGUGGUUGGCAUCAACAAGGAGCGUCCACGGGCCCACCGCCUCCACCUGGAGCUGUGCGAGUACUUCCUGUGGGAGGUGUGAUGUCGCCUCCUGUUGCUGCAGUGGCACCUGUAACACCUGAUGCCCAGCAGGCUGUUUUGUCCCAGCAGCAGCAGGCGAUUGUGAACCAGCAGGCCGUCAUCAUGGCCCAACAGAUGACUAUGCAAGCCAUGGCUAUGGUCGGCAGCCCGGUGUCGAGUCCGCCCACCUCCCCGAUCACGAGCCCUCCCAUGAGUCCUCUGUUCCAUCACCCUCUGAGCCCAUAUGCCCCCACGAGCCCGUAUGCUGCCAUACCGCCAAGCCCGUAUGCAAACAUGCCACCGAGCCCCUACGCCAACUUCACCCCAACUCCCUUUGCUGCAGCAGACAUCCCGCCUCGCCCCCAUCCUCUCUCUGCUCAGGCUCCGUCACAGCCUCAGGCUCGGCCUCCUGCCGGUCCCCAGACUCAGCCUCAGGCCUCCCCUGCCAACCCUAACCCUGAGCCAGCCUCCACAAAAACUGACAAAGCUAACCCAGCAGCACAGGUCAGUAACUCCGAGACAUGUGAGGAAACAUCAGCCAAGGACAGCGUCCCUCUGAGAAAAGCUCCGGGCAUCCCCGUGAACAAGGACAAACCAGUCAGGAAAUUUGCCCCGGUUGUGACGUCUCCUCCGCCCCCUGCUGGAGAAGUGGUGAAGUAUUCAGCUCAGACUUCAGAUCAUGUCAUCCCCAGCCAAGAUAUCCAAGAAAUCAUUAAAAGAUACAACUCUCCACCACCACCGCCGGACCCACUGCCACCUGGCAAGAGGAGACCAGAAGGGAAGUUUAAGAAGACGCAAACGCCUCGCGAUGAAGCUUUACAUAUCCUCAAACCACAGAUGGAGAACCCUCCUGCUCCACAGCCCAAACGUCCUGCUGCUGCUUCACCCUCUGCGUCUGCAGUGAAAGAAGCAGGGUUUAAACCCACCAAGAGCACAAAGACCAGAGCGCCUGCCCGUCCCCUCCCCAUACCUCCUCCAGUCUCUCGAGAACUUCCAGUAGAGACACAAACUAUCCAGACGCAGCUUCAUCAGAGGACCAAUGAAGAGCACUACACCUACACCAAUGUUCCCUGGAGGCUGUAUCUGAGGAAGGAAGUAUUUUAUCCCAAAGACAGCUUCAACAGUCCCCUGGUGCUGGAUCUAAUUUUCAAACAGAUAGUAAAUGACACCUUGUCAGAGGCGUGUGUUCGCAUCACACGGGAUGAAAGGCAGAAAAUGAAAGCUCUUUUUGCUAAGCACGGCGUCAGACAGAAUAUGGAUCCAGUGGAGGAGCACGUAAAGAAAACUGUUGUCACAGCAGCCAGGGAAACCUGGGAAAUAUACUUCUCCCGACUCUUCCCAGCCUCGGGUAGUGUAGGAACGGGGGUGCAGGUAUUGUCAGUGUCCCACAGUGGAAUCAAACUGCUAAAGACUGUAAAAAGCAGUGCUACAGCUCCAGACUACUUCCGAGUCCUAAGACCAUACACCUAUGCCGACAUCCUGUUUGUGACCAUCCCAUCUGAGAACAUGCUGGAGUUCAAUCUGACCAAUGAGAAGCUCAUACUGUUCUCAGCCAAGGCACCACAAGUCAAACACCUCAUAGACACGUUCAUCAAUGAGAUCAAAAAGGACUCAGACUACGUGAUUGCAGAGCGUAACUUUGUUACAGAUGACCGCUCGAUGCUCAGUUUCCAUAAAGGUGACAUCAUCAGGCUUCAGGUUAUGGAUGGGCUGGAGAAAGGGUACAGCUAUGGCUGCGUGGUGAGGAAGAAGGUUGUGUUUUUGGAGGAGCUCAAAAGAGACACUCAGGACUUUGGCUGGAAGUUUGGCGCCGUGUUCGGCCGCUCCGGCGCAUUCCCCGCCGAGUGCGUCCAUCCUGUCGCUCCUCCUGACUUCCUGUCACUUCCACUGGACCGAAAGUCGGAGCCUCGAGGUGGAGCGGGACAGUUCGCUGUGUCAUCAGCUGUCGCUGUCGCCGUAGCAUCCACCAUGGCUGCGCAUGAGAUAGAUCAAACAAUUGAGGUCUCUGUUGAUGGCUUUGCUGAUGGAGAUCUGGAUGAAAGUGCCCUGCAGGACACUAAAUAUGACAUGUUGGAGUUUGCCAAGAAGUACUUCAGACAGGCGCCCAGCGGGAAAGGAGAUUCCCUGAAGAGCAAAAGCAAGAACAGAGACUCCCGGGAGCCCAUUGAAAUGAUCAAGUUUUCCAAGACGCCUCUGACUGAAUCUCUGAUAGAGUUCACAGACCCGGCCAUGAACAGAGUGGCAGCUGAUCUCUUCCUGUCCACCAUGCGUUUCAUGGGCGACUCUCCAUUAAGGGGGCUGACAGAACAGGAAGUGGUCAGCACUUUCCUCAAGCUCAUAGGAGAGUUCUCCUUGAUGAGGGAUGAGGCUUACUGCCAGCUCCUCAAACAGCUUACCGCUAACACCAGCUCCAAACCCGACAGUUGCCAGCGAGGCUGGCGGCUGCUGUACAUCCUGACUGCUUUCCACUGCUGCUCUGAAGUCCUCAAGCCCUUUCUCCUCAAAUACCUGCAGCAGGCCUCUCGCAGCGCAGGAGUGCAGUAUCAGGGCAUAGCUAAAGCGUGCGAGCAGAAUCUGAAGAAGACGUUCAAGUUUGGCGGCCGCAUUGUUCCACCCAACAGCAUGGAGCUGAAGGCUAUGAUGGCGGGACGGAGUUCAAAACGUCAGCUGUUCCUCUUCCCUGGGGGUAUCGAACGUCAUGUGAAAAUCAAAACGUGCUCUGUUGCCCUGGAGGUGAUCGAGGAGCUGUGUUAUGAGAUGGGUCUGCACAAGCUGGAGGCUAUGGAAGAAUAUGCCAUAUUUUUGGUGACCAAUAGAGGUCAGAAUGUGCGUCCUUUGAACAAGCGUGAGUACAUCCUGGAUGUGGCGACAGAGGCCGAGUUAGUCGACACCGGCUACAGCUUCUGGUUCAGGCGAGUCGUCUGGACUCAGCCGCUCAAGUUUGACAAUGAGCUCUGUGUAGCCAUGCACUAUAACCAGAUCCUUCCAGACUACUGUAAGGGUCUGCUGAAUGUUCUUCCACAUGGAAAAGUGAGCGAUCAACAGUUUCACCAGAUCUCCAAACUGGCAGCUUUGCAGCACCGAGCCAAAGACAACAUCUUCAUUCCCAGCAUACACGAAUUAUCGGAGUACAUCGCCACACCUCUCUUCAAAAAGCAGCCACCCCAGCAGUGGGUUACCAUGGUGACACAGCAUAUGCAGCAAGUACAGGCACUGAACCCGCACCAGGCCCGAGCACAGUUUCUGGGCCUGGUCAGUGCAUUCCCCAUGUUCGGCUCUUCGUUCUUCUACAUCCACAGCAGCAGCUCCACCACCUUUUACGCUCCCUGUAUCGUUGCUGUCAAUCAACACGGUCUCCACUUCCUCCACAAAAAUACCCAUGAGAUGAUGGCAGUGGUCCCCCUGGCGGAUAUACAGUCCACCCGCACCCAGAGACCCACUGCUGGGACCAGUUACCCUUAUGUAGACCUCACCUUAGGGGAUAUGAACGCACAACGUGUCAUUCAGCUACAGCUGGAGCAGGGCCUGGAACUGUGUCGAGUCGUCGCCAUGCAGGUGGAAAACAUGGUGUCGGUGCGGGAGAAGCGGCUCACUCUGCCACCCAGCGAAAUCACCAUGCUGUAACGCACAAACUUUCACAAGUGCACAUGCUCUCACAAAUGUACAUGAGACCUUCAUAAAUAGCCUACCUCUUCUCAGCUUAAGGUGUUUGCUAUAUGCAUCUCACACACACAAAUGUGAGGUCACUUUCUAUGAGUGCAGAACAAGAAUGGAUCUCAAUACCGGACAAAUUUCUUGUUUUUCUAUCUGUGUGACUCGUUAAUAAUUGCACUUAACUGUUUUAUGUGUACAGAAGCUGUAAAUGAAAUGUGGGGAGGCUUUGCAGGGCCUGUGCCGUGUCUUCACAAAGUUUUAUAACUGAUAGGCUACAUGUUUUAUAUUUUUUUUAUAAGUACAGUUGACUGUAAUCUUUAUUGUUAUAUUCAGCCCUUGAUAAUGCACAU